CGUCUCGUCGCACCGUGAAGCGAGUCUCGGACGUCGGCAGCGACCCCUCGGCGCCGUCCAGAGCCGACUCGCAAAUGCGUCCGGCCGUCUCGCUCGAAGRCAACCCUCGCGACGGGACUGCGGCCGUGAGCGGGGGCGGGAGCGUGGACCCGAACGAGAASGGCAGCACGCACCCCAGCGACGGGGACGCUGMRGYGGUGGUCGUCGGGUCCGAAACGGCCCUGGACUGGCUCCUCCGCUCCCGCGGGGGGGACUCCCCGGGCUCCCGCAAGCGCCGCCGGAGCAACGCAUCSCCGCCGACCGACGUCCACACCGCCCCCGACGCGGCCACGGCGGCCCUGCGAUUCCUGCGCUUCGGAAACAGCGGGAUCGCCCCGAUCGAUGCGGCGUGGCAGCAGCAGCAGCAGCAGCAGCGGACCGACCGAAGCAGGCGUCCCCUCCCCCCGGUCGUCGUCCUGGAGGGACCCAGGGACGUGGGAAAGACGUGGAUGCUGCUGACGCUGGCCGCGCGAUUCGUGGUGGCGACCAGGGCCUCCCGGUUCGGAGGCUWUGGAAGCCGCGGCRGAAAAGCCMMACCGGGCGGRACGGGGACGGCGAACGAGAGGCGGGGAGGAGUCCACAAGGACAGCAAUAACAGCAACACCGGUAACACUAACAACACUAGCAACACUAGCAACACCGGCAACACCACCACUAGCAAUCGCGGUGGAAACAAAGACAGCAGAAAUAAUAGCGAGGGACCCAAGGUCUUGUUGCUGGAUUCCACCUACGAUUUCUCCGUGUCUCAAUUGGUAAGCGUCCUUCGGUCGACCCUGCGRAGAGARCGCGAAAAGGAUCGAGCUCGGAGAAGCGUGCACCCGCAACGAAGAGGCCAGCAACACACCGAGGCUACCAACGGCAAGGCUGGCGGGGACGAUCGGGAGAGAGGGGGACGGAAACCUGGGGAACAGCAGCAGCAAAAACAACAGCAACGGCAACAGCAACAGCAACAGCAACAGCAACAGCAACAGCAACAGCAACAGCAACAGCAACAGCAAAAACAACAGCAACGGCAACGGCAACAUCAACAACAGCACUAUGUGCAGUCCGGGAGCCGGCAGGGGAAACUCGAUCAAGAACCGAAACGACACGAAUUAGAACUGCCAUUGCUGGAAUCAGACAUGGAAGACUGCCUGAGCCGGAUCCACAUCAUACAGGUAGACGGAUCGAAUGGAUGGGUUCCCACCCUCGAAGCGCUGACACACCGAUUGUCCGAGGAACGACGCCACGGGCGGACGAACGGGGACCACCACCGCGGGGACACCGGAUCUUCUCCCUUCGGCACGCCGACCCUUCUUCUCUGGGACGGCUUUCUCUCCGACGUGGUCGUCACGGAUUCGAGCARCGCAUUGUCCAUGGGMGGAAGCGGCAUCGACGGCCACAGCAACCCCCACGCCMUCUUCGACAGCCCGGUGUCCCGAGAAAUCCUGAGGCAGGUCUCGAGGCUCCUGGAAGAAGAACGCGACGCGCUGUGGUGCGUCUUGACGGCGAGGACCAAGCCGGCCCUUGCCGGGGCGGCGCAGGGUCCCCCCCGCAACCCKGCCGGUCAUGGGCAAGGCGGGCCGCCGCUCCCCCCGAACAAGUACGGGUCYGGGCCCGUUCCGAACACCGGAAUCGGGGUCCGGGUGGCGGAGUGGAUCCGAAAGGAAGGGGAACGCCGGGAAUCGCAAGCGCGGCGGCCCCCGGGAUCCGGGAACCYKGGGCCGCCGUUGCCUCCAAAUUCGCAGCGGAGGGAGGCGCACCGGGUCCUGCUGGAACGCCGCCCCGGCAGGCAUCCCGCAACGGGCGGGGAGGGCCUCCCGCGCAGCGCCGCGGCGGCGGCGGCCCUCURUGCCCGGAUCGCCGGCGGCGGGGCCGGGCGUCACGGCCACGGCGACCCGACGAUUCCGUAUUCUCUGUCCCUGGGAGGCAUAUUGUCGUGAGAACCCCAACGGCAUUUUGGAGCYCUUGUGCCGGAACGCGCUGCAAAUGAAUGUUCCAAGAGUGCCGAUUUUCCAGUCAGGAUGGGCAAGAACGCACGGUAGCCCUUUGUGAAUUACCGAUCAUGCCAUUGUAGUUUUGAUUCAAACUAGAGGUAGAAAAAAAAUACUACUACUAAAAGUUAAUGAUCGAAAAACGGUUGAUUUUAUUUUUCACCAAAUUUUUCAAAAUGGGGAAAUAAUUUAAGGGGGAUAAA